UACUUGCUGCACAUCAAAACGAGCGCACUCCAUUUAGACGACUCUGCAACGACAAGUAGCCCAAACACCAUAACGGUUCUGGGAAAGAGGGAGAUCAGACAUCAACACUUUGCAGCCGAUUAACCAUCAAAACAUUCAGAUAUAGGGCGUCAGUUCAAGGGACAUGAUGAGGAGGUUGUGUGAGUUGACACGCGUGUCCAUCCUUGUUUUGUUACUGUUGAACACUCAGUCAACAUGGGCUAAGAGAGGCAGCAGCAGCAGUAGCAGCAGCAGGAAAACAUCAUCCACCAGCAACAAGGGUGGGACACAAACUAAACCAUCCACUCAGCCAGGAAACUACCCACGACAGCCGCAGAGUCCCAACCGAAACCCCAAUCCUUAUCCAGGUGGUGGAAGUUAUCCAGGAGCGGGCAAUACUAACCCAGGAGGAGUUCCCAGACAAAAUCCAGGAAGUAAUCCAGGAGCUGGUGGUUACCCCAAUCAGUAUCCUGGAAGAGCCAAUCCUGGAGGUUAUCCAAACCAGAAUCCUGCAGGAGGUUAUCCGCACCAGAAUCCUGCAGGAGGUUAUCCGCACCAGAAUCCUGCAGGGGGUUAUCCAGCAGGCGGAAACCCAGCAGGGUAUCCCCAAAACCCAGCAAGAGGGAAUUAUCCAAAUCAGUAUCCAGCUGCUGGAGGCAACCCAGCAGGAGGUGGCUAUCCCAACCAGUAUCCAGGCAGAGCUGGUACCAACCAAGGAGGAUAUCCAAACCAGUACCCAGCAGCAGGUGGUUACCCUGUCAGAGGUGGAAAUACUGGACAGGGUUGGGGUCAGGGUGGUGUGAAUCCAGGGGGUUACCCUGGUCAAGGUGGUGGAUACGGUGGUGGUGGUUACGGCGGUGGUUACGGCGGUGGUUACGGCGGUGGUUACGGUGGCGGUUACGGCGGCGGCGGCGGUUACCCCAACUGGAACCCGAAUAAUAAGAUCCUCAGUCCUCGCUUUGGUGGAGGAGGCUAUGGGCAGGGAGGCUAUGGACAGGGAGGCUACGGGAUGGGAGGGGGUUCUCCCUUCUCCCGUUCAGUACAGAGUAUGGGAUACCAGCCUCAGUCGUCAGGUUUUGCUAAAAAAGCCAUGUUAGCGGCAGGUGUUGGUGCUGUAGCUGGAAUGGCUGUUGGGUAUGGACUUGGGCGUUUCCCUCGACCACAUUUCAAUUUCCGAAACCCUGAAGAAGAGCAGUAUUACAACAGCUACAUGUACCGUCGUUAUGGCACCCAAUCUACAGACCAAAAAGACUUUGGCCGUGACUAUGUCUACAAGCCCCCACCAAGGGCCGAUUCUUAUGACAGCUUCAUGGAUAAAUGCAUGAACAGGACUGUCAAAGAUCAGAGCAGCACCACUCCUAAAGGUACGACGGGAGGCGAUAAGGAGGAUGACGACACAGUCAGCAUUGAGGAGAUUGGAUACCCAGCCCUGAUUGAGCAAGUGAAGGCCCGGCGCUGUGUCGAACAGUACAUGGUCUACUCUGAGCGCUUUUUGGAGGAACGAAAAGCUGAGCCGCAAGUCAUGCCGCCUGCUGGCGGGAACAGCCCUCCGAGCUACGGUGUGAUGCAGCUCUUAACCUCCCUCUGUGUGCUACUGUCCAGCAUGCUUCUUCUCCAGUAAAACAGUUAUCCUCCCUGUCACCAGGCCCCAUAUGGAUUUCUACUUCCUCCAUUAUAGCUGCAUGUCUGCAUUGUGCUACGGUAUAUUAUCCCCAUAGUAAACAAUAGCUGUACACUUAAAAGUUCUUAUGGUCAGUCAGUCAUUUACUUAACUAACAAAACAAGAUACAGUAAUGUGUAUGUGUAAAGGAGUCAAACUUUGAUUUUGUUAGAUCUUCAGUUUUGUGAUGUGCAAGCUUCACUCCUAACUUUUUUUUUUUUUUCAUCUCAGAUGUUUUGCACUUUUUUACUUCAGGUUAUUGUACACUGAAUGCAUAGCCAUUCAGGGCUAUUUUAGUUGUUUGUUUGUGACAGUUUACUUUGACGCUACUGUUUAAAUAGGAAUGUAACUUUAUAAGAUCUAUCUACAAUAACAUCCAACUAACACCAUUUAUUUACAUACAUUUAUUUCACUUUCCACAUUCCAAUAUAUCAGACUGUUUUGUUCAAGUGGUUAUUCCUGUUUUCUGUUUGUAUCAUAUAUAAGCAUCUUAAAGCCAUGGUUCCACUUCUAAAUUGGGAUACAUUUCAACAUAAAUAUAGACAGAUGAGGUCGAAGACCAGUCAUCAUACUGUAGAGUCUCUACUGUAGAGAAAAAACUGAGAGAUAAUGAUACUUACAGAAUAAUUAAAGGCAAGGCAUGAGUCAUGAUAAUUGCAUUCUCUCCACAAUGUGGCUGUUACAUAUUACAAGAUGAUGCCCUGAAGUAUUUCUUGUAAACCACUGUUAUGACCACACUCUUGGCUGCAAAAUACUCAACCUUAGUGGGAACUAUUAAACGCUAAUUCCCUUUUUUUUUUUGUAAACCACAAUAAUAACAAACAGUUGUAUACUUGCAUGAGAAAACAAGUGAAUAAUGGCCCUAACUCUUCUCAGGUACUUUAUACUCACACUUUGUUUAUUGUUAGGUACAGUAGGUAGGAUUGCAUGUAACAGCCCUCAACAGCCAAUGGGCAUCAGUGAACAUGUCUCCUUUGACGUUCAACAGAUGCCGUCAUUAGCAGAGCUCUGGUGUUGCUUUUUUGCCUGCAGCUAUUUGAUAACAGUGCAUUUGUCGUCUUGAGCGGUGUCUUUAUCUGUUCAUUACAAGUUUGCUGAAAACUGAAGCUAUAUUGAAGUUCUGCACAGAAAACUCCUGCAUCAAUUCCUAUUUUAAUCCUAGAUUCUGGCAUCCAAUGAGUCAUUUAUAUCUGCACUUUCACCUUACUCAUCUCUUACUUAUUGUCAUUUCUUACACAUCAGUUUGAUACGAUUUACACUGGAACUAAAAGCAAAAAUUGGGCAAUGAGGAGAUUAAAAGUUGCUGGUUUAGAGAAAAUGUGGAAGUUUUAGAGGGCGUAGUCUCACUGCUGUAAUGUUGUGGAGAAUUGCUUCCGAUCUCUAUGCCAACCCUGGAAAUACUUGUUCAGUCUCCUAGAAAAAUCUCUAGACUUUCCAGUCUGGUUUUCCAGGUUUGAGCUGGUCAACACAUCUCAUGUUCUAACUGUCAUCAUUCGAAUCUUUAAACACAGUGAGAUGGAUAUAAUAGGUGUAGUUGUUUGGUCUACUACAGAUAUCUUGGUUUGCCUUUCCUGAACCUGACUCCACCUGGCUGUCAUGGCAAAUUACUUUUGUUCUUCUGGACCUUUCACUCUGAGUGAGUUGUGUCACUGUGUAUAGUGUUGUUGAUCUGUACAUUAGAGAUUCAGUUCCAAUCUUUGCUUUCAUUUUAAACCUGCCUGAUGUAAUGUAUUUUAUUUCUCUCUGGGUUUUGUAAAGCACUUUCUAAUUAUUUUUGAAGGUAUUUUCACCCAAGCUAAAAAAAAACAACGUUCUGAUUGAAUUAAAACUAUUUGGGGAAAGUCCAGCAGGGUACAGUUCAAAUAUGUGUAUUUUUCUGGAUGUAGUUUUACGAUGCUGGUCUAAAACCAUACAUGUAUUUUAUACCCCUCCCAGUUAAUUUGUUUUAGUGCUACACAGAGGGGGUUUCUCCUGUUAUUUUUUUAAUAAUGGCAACAAUGAUAAAUUGAUUUAAAUUAGAUUUUGACAUCUUUGUACUAUUUGGGCUGUAGGAUAUCUGUGAAGUGCACUUACUCCCCUUCUGGAUUAGAUAUUCCGUGACUGCGUCAUUGAGCUCAUGCUGAGAAGGAUUAUCUGUGUGACUCUUCUGGUCCUCACCUGCAAAUGAAACACUUUCGGUACUCAUCAAAUACUAUGGCUGAUUUUGGUUUGUCAUGGAUGUUAUGUGUUAAAUAAAAUAACUAACAAAUCA